AAAAAAUAUCUAUCGCAGUAAAAGUUACUAGGAUAAAACACGUGUUUAAAUAUAAAAAAUUUUAUUGAUAGUAUUUAAUUAUUUUUUAUUUAAAUAAAUAUAACAAUGAUUAUGAGGAUAUUUAACCUAAUAAAUGAAGAUGGACCGGGAAAUGUUUGAUGAUGAUGAAAGAGAUUACCCUACUCAAUGGGCAUUAAAUCCAUCAAUGUAUCAAAAUAUGAGCAAUGAUCAAGUUGAUUGGGCAGCUUUAGCUCAGCAAUGGAUAAAAAUGAAAGAAACUGUGGUACCGCCAGCACCACCUCCACCAAAUCUCACCAACGAUGGAGAUACAGAAGGUGGCGAGGCACCUAUGGACAUGGAUACCGUUGGUGAUGACGUACCACCAGCCCCUCCAGCUCCAAACAUAAGUGGAAAUGACAAUUGGAAUGCCUGGAGUGAGUGGGGCCAAUGGAACACCUCGGGACCGGGUGGUGGAUUUUGGGAAUGGAGCGGAGUUCCACCUCCUGGUGUUCAAUUGGGUCCUGACGGUAAACCUAUGGGAAUUCCAAGUAUUCCAGGUGUUCCUCCUGUUCCUCCUGCACCGACAAUCACUACCAGAACUGGAUUUAGUGUUCCACCACCAGCACCUGGCUAUUCAUAUAAUUCUGUAACACCUACACCGGGUAAUUUUAAUUCUGUAUCAGGAUACUGGGACGGUAAUUUAGCGACAGCUCCUGGUUCACCGGCAUUCAAAGGAAUUCCACGGGGGGCAAGAAUUCCUCACAUGCGAGAUCCUCUUCGCGAUGAAAAGGAUAAAUUACUGGAGGAGGACACGACAAUGGUUAUUGACGCCGCUAAAAGACGUCAGUUGCCGGCAUGGAUUCGCGAGGGUCUUGAAAAAAUGGAACGAGAAAAGCACAAAGCUGUAGAACGAGAGCGUCAGGAUAUGCUGAGGAAACAAGAACUAGCUGCACGUAAGCUUGCUGAAGAUGAGGCUCGCGCUGUUCUUGAUCCUUCUAAAAGUAAAUUUGACUCGGAAUCUGAUAAAGAAGAAGAAGAAGAAGAAGAAGAAGAAGAAGAAGAAGAAGAAGAAGAAGUCGAGGAGCAGCAAACACUCGAUGAAAUAAAAGAGACAAGUCCAGAUAUAAUAACCAGGCAACGUAAAUCUCGGUUUCGUGACGCAGAUUCUCCGGAAACUAGACUAAUUAAUUCUGAAAGCACGUCAUCGGGAUCAAUAACUGGUGUUGCUGUUAAACGGACACGCGAACAAAUUUUACAAGAUGUAAUGUUGAAAGUACGUCGAUCUUUGACAGAAAUAUUAUUAGAAGUAACAAAUGAAGAAAUAUCAAGCGUAUGCAGAGAAGUUUGGACUCGCCAUCGCGUCAAAGUCCCUGCAGGAGAGCCCCCCGUCGCAUCCUACAACAACAAGGCCCCUCUUGCUCAGAUCACUCGCAAUUUGGGUCUGGGCAUCUACGGCGACAGCAACAGCGAAUCCGAGGAUGAGGCUGAUUCACCAGCAGCUCCUGACAACAAUGAUAAUCAACACGAUGACAGUGAUUUAGAAUUAAAGGAAACUUUGAGGAGACGUCAAGCUGCAUUUAAAAAAACAGAAGAAGAAAUAGAGGCGCGAAUUGCUGAAGAAGAAGAAAAUGAACGUAAUAAUGAUGCUAAUCAUGAAAAUUCAAUUAAUAAUAAAACUUUGGGUAUGGUUAUUUUUUUUUUAAUUUUAAUUAUUAUUGUUAUUAUUAUUAUUAUUAUUAUUAUUAUUGAAUUAAAAAUUGUAGAUAAUAAAGAAGUUAACAAUGAACGUGAAAGAUCAGAAACACAGUCAAGUGGACAUACACCGCGUAAUGAAGAGCACGUUAAAUCAUCCUCACGUUCAGUUGACUCUGAAUCAAGUUCAUCGAGUUCAUCUUCAAGUUCGACCACCACAGAAACAAACUCGAGCUCUAGUAGAAAUUUAAAGCGACGAAAUGAUAAGCGUAAUGACAGACGUAAGCGUUACCGGUCACGAUCUUCCAGUCACAGUCACAGUCGUAAAACUAGUAAACGCAGCCGUGAUCGGGAUCGAAAAAGACGAAGCAGAUCCAGCACUAGAUCACGUAGGUCAAGAUCGAGAUCCCGAAGACGACGGGUCUCAAGAUCUCGGUCACGAAGCAGGUCACGCUCGCGAAAUCGUUCCAGAAGAUCCCGGAGUUAUGGUAGAGUUUCAACUUUGUCUUCUUCGGUAAUGAGAUCCCGGAGGACUCGGUCAAAGUCCAGAGACAAAGACAGAAAAAGAUCCAGGUCCAGGUCCAGGUCAAGGUCGAGGUCCAGGACUAGAUCAAGGUCCAGAUCACGCAGACGUGAGGGUAAGAAGUCGAGCCAUCGGUACAGAGAUUGACAACUACCUUAAAUACGGCACACUCCAUUUAAAAGAUCUUUGCCAGGAGUAAUUGUCAGUCCAAGACCACUACGGUAUCCAUUUAUUAUAUUAUUAUUAUUAUUAUUAUUAUUAUUUUAUCUUCCUCUUUUAAUAUAGAUACAUAAGUUAUUAUUCUAAUAAUUAUAAUAAUUCUAAUAAUUAAAUUAAGUAAAUAAUAA